UUCGUAUCAUUUGUAAUAAUUUUAUCAUAUCACCAAAACUAAGGACGUCGUGUGGAUAGUUGAUACCUUUUUGUUGAUUAAAAAACGUGUAUUCGUUGAAUUAACAUUCGUGUGGCUAAUUACUAUUUAUUGUACACUUUCGUUUAUAAAUUGUGACUUAUUUGGCAUUUGCAAAACUGUGGUGAUUUCGAUUUUAUCAUAUAAAAUAAAUAUAUAUUCUCGUAUGAUCUUUUGAAAAACACUAAUAAAAGCUAUUUUAAUUAACUCUAAAAAUAAUGGUAGAACCUGCGGUGGAGUAUUUAAAUUUUCCAAAAGAAGAAGAGAAAAUACUAGAGUUCUGGAAAGAAAUCGAUGUUUUUCAUGAAUGUCUUCGACAAUCCAAAGGAAAACCUAGAUUUUCUUUUUAUGAUGGACCACCAUUUGCUACUGGACUUCCUCAUUAUGGUCAUAUUUUAGCUGGUGCCAUAAAAGAUGUAAUUACACGUUAUGCUCAUCAAACUGGUCAUCAUGUUGAACGUAGAUUUGGCUGGGAUACACAUGGUUUACCAGUGGAAUUCGAAAUUGAUAAACUUUUAAAUAUAAAAGGUCCAGAAGAUGUGGCUAAAAUGGGUAUUGAUAAAUAUAAUGCAGAAUGCAGAAAAAUUGUCAUGCGUUAUGCAAAUGAUUGGGAGACUAUUAUUACUAGAUUAGGACGAUGGAUUGAUUUUAAAAAUGAUUACAAAACAUUAUAUCCAUGGUUUAUGGAAAGUGUAUGGUGGAUAUUUAGUGAGCUAUGGAAUAAAGGUUUGGUAUAUCGUGGUGUAAAAGUAAUGCCAUUUUCAACAGCUUGUAGUACGCCAUUAUCAAACUUUGAAUCUGGUCAGAAUUACAAGGAAGUUGUCGAUCCUGCAGUUACGGUUAGUUUUCCUCUUGAAAGUGAUCCUUCAGUUUCUCUAAUUGCAUGGACCACUACACCUUGGACUUUACCUAGCAAUCUAGCAUUAUGUGUAAAUCCAACUUUAAUUUAUGUCAAAAUAAGAGAUUUAAAUGAUAAAAUACUUAUCCUUAUGGAAGCACGAUUAGAUGUUUUGUUUAAAAAAAAAGAGGAUUAUACUAUUUUAGAUAAGUUUCCUGGUGAAAAAUUAAAAGGAUUAAAAUACAAACCUCUUUUUCCUUACUUUAUACAAAGUCAGAAAACUGCCUUUGUUGUUUUAACUGAUGGAUAUGUUUCUGCUGAAUCUGGUACUGGUAUUGUUCAUCAGGCCCCAUAUUUUGGAGAAGAUGAUUAUAGAGUAUGUUUAGCUGCUGGAGUAAUCACUAGAGAUCAGGAUAUUGUUUGUCCUGUUGAUGAAAGUGGUAAAUUUGUUCUUCCUGUGAGUGAUUUCCAAGGUCAAUAUGUCAAAGAUGCUGAUAAAAAUAUCAUAAAACACAUAAAAGAAGCUGGAAGACUUGUUAAUGCUUCUUCAGUUAAACAUAGUUAUCCAUUUUGUUGGCGAUCUGAAACUCCACUCAUUUAUAAAGCUGUACCAUCAUGGUUUAUAAGGGUGCAACAUAUGAGUCAAGAUCUUUUAACUUCUAACAAAUCUACUUAUUGGGUGCCCAAUUUUGUUAAGGAAAAACGAUUUGGAAAUUGGUUAAAAGAUGCUCGUGAUUGGGCAAUUAGUCGUAAUCGUUAUUGGGGCACUCCCAUUCCACUUUGGGUUUCUGAAGAUGGAAAAGAAAUUGUUUGCAUAAGUAGUAUUGAUCAACUUUACAAGAUGACUGGUGUUCUUGUAACAGAUCUUCACCGAGAAACAGUUGAUAAAUUAACAAUUCCAUCAGUUAGACCGGGUUGCCCACCAUUACGUCGAAUAACUGAAGUAUUUGACUGUUGGUUUGAAUCUGGAUCCAUGCCUUAUGCACAACAACAUUAUCCAUUUGAAAAUAGAAAAGAAUUUCUUGAAAAAUUUCCAGCAGAUUUCAUUGCUGAAGGAAUAGAUCAAACUAGAGGAUGGUUUUACACAUUAUUGGUAAUAUCAACUGCCUUAUUUAACAAACCUCCAUUUAAGAAUCUUAUAGCCAAUGGGUUAGUGUUAGCUUCUGAUGGUCAAAAAAUGUCAAAACGUAAAAAGAAUUAUCCCGAUCCAUUAGAGGUAGUGAACAAAUUUGGAGCUGAUGCACUGCGUUUGUAUCUUAUAAAUUCACCAGUAGUAAGAGCAGAAAAUUUGAGAUUCAAAGAAGAAGGAGUUAAAGAAAUUUUGAAAGAUUUAUUUUUACCUUGGUAUAAUGCAUAUAGAUUUUUCUUACAAAACAUUAGAGAUUCAUAUGGUAAUAUGUAUCAACCAAAUAAAAAUUACUAUUCUGCACCAAGUGAAAAUAAAAUGGAUCGUUGGAUAACAUCUUGGACACAAUCAUUAAUUGCGUUUGUACGUCAAGAAAUGGCUGCUUAUCGUCUUUAUACAGUUGCUCCAAGACUUGUAAAAUUCAUUGAUGUUUUGACUAACUGGUAUGUUCGUUUAAAUCGCCAACGACUCAAGGGUGAAUGUGGUCAAACUGAUUGGCAACAGUCUUUAGAUACUUUGUAUCAUGUUUUAAUGAACAUGGUUUGCUUAAUGGCUCCAUAUACACCAUUCAUAUGUGAAUUGAUGUACCAAAAUUUAAAAAAAAUCGAAAAUCUUGAAGAACGUAGUGUUCAUUUUCAUAUGGUGCCUAUAGUUCAAGAUCAUUUGAUUGAUAAAAAUAUUGAACAAAGUGUUUCCAAUAUGCAAAAUAUAAUAGAAAUGGGCAGAGUAAUGAGAGAUCGUAAGACAAUUCCAGUCAAAUAUCCUCUUCCGGAUUUAUUGAUUGUUGCGGAUGAUCCUAAAAUAAUUGAAAAUGUGGAAGAAUUCCGUAACUAUAUUGAAAAAGAAUUAAAUGUGAAAACUAUUAAUUUUACUAAAAAUAAAAGUAGAUAUGUUAAACUUAGAGCUGAACCAGAUCACAAAACAUUAGGUUCCCGGUUGAAGUCUGAUUUUAAAAGAGUUACAGCAGCUAUACGUGAAUUAACUAAUGAGCAACUUCAAUCAUGGCAAAACGAAGUAUCCACCAUGACUAAUGGUAGUGAUGAUGCAAAAAAACCAUCCCUUAAAGUCUUGGAAUAUGAAUUAGAUGCAUCAGAAUUUAGAAUACUAUACGACUUUACUGGAUCUGAAGCUGAAGAAAUGGCUAAAAAAUAUGAAGCUCAAUUAAAUAAUGAUAUUUUAGUUCUACUAAAUGUCUCACCAGACCAAAAUAUGUUAGAUGAAGGUACUGCUCGGGAAAUAAUUAACAGAGUUCAGAAACUACGUAAAAAAGCUCAUCUAGUGCCAACAGAUUUAAUAACAGUUUAUUAUAAUGUAAAUCCUGCUGGAGAGUUAUCUCGAGUUGCUAAAGAAUGGAAUGACUUUAUAAUAAAUGUAUUGAAAGUACCAUUCAUUGAUGGGCAAGCAGUAGGAAAUAUAAUUAUUGAAGAAACUCAGACACUUAAAGGAUCUAAUCUAAAAAUUGUUUUAACCAAAGAAAAUAAUGAUCAAACGCCAAUGCCAGUUUGCAAAUUUGUCAAUGUAGAACUUCAUGGAUUAAAAGCUAGAUAUGGUGCUUCAAAUUCAUCUACAAUUCUUCUUGAAAAUCCUGUUGGUAAAAAUGUAUUAAAUGUUAUUGGUUUGACCAAGGAGAUAAAAAAUGCUUUUGGGUUGUUUGGUAUUGAUAUUUUAUUAAAAAAUGUUGAUGGAAAAAUGUUGGAUGAUAAUUUAUUAAACACAGUUAAUAAUGGUACGAUUAUUGUUCAAAAGAACAAUAAUUCUCCGGAAUGUUGUAAGAUUCAACAAAAAACCUCACCAAUUUCUCAAUUUAUAAAUGCAAAAUAUGGUUCAGAAAUUGGAACAAUUUUACUUCAUGGAGAAGAUGAUAAAAACAAUAAUGACAAAUUAAAACUCAAGAUUGCUCAUACUUUCAAUCUGAAAGCAAACCAAAUCAUACUCAAACAAGAAAAGGAUUUUGUUAUUGUACACAGUUAAAAUUGGAAUGAAUUAUUUUAAAUAUUAUUAAAUUCAAUAAUUUUGAAAAUGUAAGCUUAAUUAUUAAAUUAAAAAUUUCAAUUUGUAUGAUUUUUUAAUUUCAUAAUCAUAUUUUAAGUUAAGGGUUCUCAAACUUUUGAGGUAAAUGCCCUCUUUCAUACUAUUUCAUUCUGACAUGCCUCCCUCACCAUAAUAAGAUUUAAUUAUUUUUAAUAUAUAUAUAUAUACAUAUCUCUCUUCUUGUAUUCAACCCUAUGGUUGAUUUUGCAGUCAGUUACGCGCUCUUCACUCAUUCCUAUUUCCAGCUAAUCUCUUUAAUUCCAUAUAGUUUGACAGUCCAGCAUCGGAGAUAAUUUGCUUGACAAAUGAACCUCGAAUAUCCUUGGUCUCUCUUAUCUUAAAUUUUCUCUUCUAUUAUACUAUAAACUAUUGUUUGUAUUUGUGCCUCAAUAUGAGACUAAUCGUGUUCCAUUGUUUUUGAUGUUUUUAAGUUCAUUCUCUGCAUUCAUUUAUUUCACUAAUUAUGCUUUCAUUGGCUCCAUGAAAUUGCAAUACCAUAAAUAUGUUUGGGUAGAAGUCAUUACAUAUCAUAAGAGCUUCUCUAGCAUUUUUAGGUUUUACGGGAAGUGCGUUUAUAUUUCGGAUCCAAAGUUUGAACUCCGAAAGAAAUACGUUUUAUUAUGAUCUAAAAUAUCUAUUUUAUAACGUUUAGCUAACUGAUAGAAAUCUUCGGUAUUUGAAGUAGAUAUUUCGGAGAAUAAUGUUUGAAAUCCCGAGAGUGUUGUUUUGUGGUUAAUAUAUCGAAACUUUAUUUCUGAUAUAAAGGUAGGUAUCAAAAAAAGGUCUAAAAAUAGAAAUUCUAAAAUAUUCUGGCGAAUAGGUCACGUAACUCAAUCGGUUUUUUUGGUUUUUUGUAAUUCUUGGUAGAUUAAUUGGAACAUCUAAAUUUAUUGCUAGUCUAGACGCGUUUUGGAAAAUAUUAUUAAAACUAUAUUCAGCUGAAUUUCAAAGAUUAUCCAAUUUAUGUAAUAUAUCUUCUGCCAAACAAACUGCUUUUCUUAAAUCCAAAUUGGUGUUUUGAAAAUUUUUAGACAAUGGUAGUCCUAGGAAAAUAUAUUAGACACCACUAAUAAUGAUAUAAGAAACUCGAAAUUUAAAAUCGCGUUUCUUAGACCAACUGCUUUAGAUGAUAUCUCCUACUCAUUUCAAUCACCUAUAAUAUCUAAUGAUUCAAUCACACAAUGAAUAAGUUCAAUAAAGUCGUGGAUAGAGUGAAAUUACAAUUUUCUAUUACAACGAUUUAAAAUGAGCAAAAAAAAAAAGACCUUAGCUUUUGGGGGAGGGGUGGAAACCCUUGCAACCUCCCCCCCCCGUAAAUACGCCACUGAUUAUUCGUAUUGAUACACGACUACGAAAAGGGCUUAUUUCGAUAAUACAGAAUCAAGUUUUCUUGUCCCCAAAUAAUCACAAACUCUUCCAUGUCCUUGAAAAUCCCUACCAACAAUAUCCUAAAUGACUGCCUUUAAAUACAGUAUCCAUUUGCCUAUGUUUUUAGAAUAGAAUAAGUUUAACUUACUUACUCCGUUUAUUGCCUCAACGCUCAUCUGGUCGUGAAGCACGCGCGCCUCACAUCGCCACCAGCUUUGUGAUUCAAUUUUUACUAUUCUCGGACAGAGCUUAUGUACUAUGUCCUUAAUUAUUCAAUUACUAUUUUAUUUUUAUUAACUAUACAUUUUAUUUUUAUUAUAUUUAUUGGUUAAAUAUUAAAA